CCUCCCUGUUUCGGUGUCUCUAAAAACCAAAUCUUUAUUUUAUUAAUUUAAGUUUUCUCUCGCUCCUUCUUCUAUUCUCGCCAUAACCGAACAGAACAUUCCCACACACUAAACAGAGUAUGCACUGCAACGACGACAUAGACGCUCCUUUCUAAAUACCCAUCUUUUUUUUUUCUCCUCUAUCUGUAUAAAGCUUUUUUCUUUUCACUGUAAAAGCUGAAGUCGGAUUCCUACACGGCCUUGUCAGAAGGCAUGAGGAAAUCACGUGUCUUGUACUCGAAUGGUUCUACCUACGAUUGCCCCUCCUUCUCCAAUCUCCUCAAAAGCGUUUUGGGUACCAAUUCUUCCAGUGUUCGAUUUCAGGGGGAAUAUGAGACAUACCAACAAGAUAUUGUUGUCAGCACAGAGCCUAAAUUGGCUGAAAGACAGUUAGAACUUAAGGUUGAAUGUUCAAAUCCUUCUAACAUUAUAUCACCUGUUGCUCCAGCUGAGAUUUUUGAGCCACAUUCAGCACCUCCAAUACCAAAACCUAUGUCAAUCCUUCAUAAAGACUUGCCUGGGCAAGUAUUAGAACAACCGAACUCUGACCAUAAUACCAGUCUCUCCCAUAUUGUUAUGGAGACACCUCCCUCUGAUGGUAAUAGCUGGAGGAAGUAUGGCCAGAAGCAGGUGAAGGGUUCUAAAAGCUCCAGAAGCUACUACAGGUGUUCACAUUCUAAUUGCCAUGCGAAGAAGAAGGUUCAACGCUGUGAUCAUUCUGGUCGCAUCAUUGAUGUUGUUUAUAUAGGUCACCAUGAUCAUGAUGUCUCUCGUAAUAAAUGCAACUUGUUGGGAAGGUCUGUAUCGUCUGUUAGGCUUGCCGCAGGCAGCCUUGUUGACUCAGUUCAAAAGUUAGACAGUGAAGGUAUAUCUAUCUGUGCGGAAGACGCCAGGCAAUCAUCAGUGCACGUGGCUGAAUCAGAACAACUGAGUUCAAGUAGUUCUAAUGGCAAUGUUGGAAUUAAGGUUGAGGAGCAGAAUAGUAAUGAUAUAGAGUCUACAAAAUUUGGGGUGAGACACCAGAAAAAGAGCUCUACUGGGAUUGUAGAUUCUGAGGUUCAGGAGAAGUGUGGUGCUGAACCGAGGCCCAAGAAAAGGAUAAAAGAAAGGAGCGAGGGGACUAAGAUUGUUCUGCAGGCUGCUGCGGAUGGGGGCAGCUCAAAUGAUGGCUAUCGUUGGCGCAAGUAUGGUCAGAAAAUGGUGAAGGGCAAUUCUCGAUUGAGGAGUUAUUACAGAUGCACAUCUGCAGGAUGCCCUUCCCGCAAGCAUGUUGAGAGAAACACAGAUGAUGCUACAACUGCCACAAUAACGUACGAAGGGAAACAUGAUCACGACAUGCCAGUUGCUAAGAAACAAAAAGGUUCAGAAAGUCUUGCUCAUAUUUCCUCUGCAACCAUUGUAAAAGGUGAUCACUGCAAGAAAACUAGAAGUUUAUCCAGUAAAAGGAUUUCACACAAGUGGUCAGUGGGGAAGGAAGGAGAUUUGAUGGAUGAGAAGGUCUUGGAGCUUGGAGGGGAAAAAGCAUUGGAGUCGGCUCAAACCCUUCUUAGCAUUGGAAUUGAACUAAGACCUUGUUAAAAAACAAAUAGUAGUUCAUGCAUAGUUCUCAAUUGAGCCCUGUUUUUGGCGGAGAGAUUUUUUAUCCUUCUUGAUUUGAGUUUCAAUGAUUUUGCUUCAUUUCUCACUCCUCCUUUAGUCUACAAAACUGCUGUCUUUUUGUAUUUUCAUCUUAACACAUCAGUGAUCUUUCAGCUUCUUGCCCUA